AUGUCUGAACUGAUCUUUUUUCAUGUUGGGCAGUGUGGUAAUCAAAUCGGAUCUCGAUUAUGGAAACUCUUCGGAAAGGAACACCACGUUAAUGGUGAAGGCUAUUAUCAACAAGACAACACCAAUCAAUUAUUGAAUAAUAAUACAACACCACCGUCAUCAUUAUGCUCUUUAAAUUUAACCUCAUUAUAUGAUGAAAGUAUGAGGGAGGAGAAUAAAUUACAUGCUCGUUGCUUGUUCAUCGACACUGAUGAGUGCACUGUUGAGCAAGUGAAGAAAGAUCCAAGCCUUUCGGGUUUAUUAAAGGAAGAGAAUUUGAUCAAGGGAAAGGAAGAUUCAGCAAGUAACUUUGCUAGAGGUAAAUUUACAAUUGGAGGAGCGUUCAAAGGCUAUAUUAAGGAGAGAGUGAGAAAGAUGAUAGAGGCGUGUGAUUCUCCAGAUGGUUUUGUAAUGACUCACUCGAUGGAAGGUGGAACUGGUUCAGGAACUAGCUCCUUCAUUGUUGAAAUAUUGGAAGAUGAUUAUCCAGAAUUAAACAAAACUUCGUUCAGUGUGUUUCCUUCUGAAAAUUUCCAGACAGAAGUUGUUGAACCAUACAAUACAGCAUUGACUUUAGCUGACCUGAAAAGAAAUAACAUGACUAAUAUUUUCAAUUUGGACAAUGAGUCAUUGUACAAUGUUUGCAGGAGUUAUGGGAAUCCAUCACCAAAUUAUAGAGAUGUAAAUGACGUUAUUUCACAAACUAUUUCAACAUUUACCUUACCAACUCGAUUCCAUAAUUCAACCUGUCCUAUUUUGAGCCCUUACAAGAAUUUGAAUAUUAUUGCUAGUACUUUCAAAAAGGUCGAUAACGUCAGUUCUGAAAUUAAUUUUACGGAUCUCUUUACUAAUGAUUGUAAAAUGAGUGCAACUGAUCACUUUGGUUCAAAAUCAAUAUUGAUGGAUAUUGCAUUGAGAGGAAACUUUUCCCCUGACCUUGCCUUUAAAUUUUUGGAGCAGUCAGAUGAAUUGAAAACACCAACAGAUAAUUUCCAUCACCAAAUAUUCUCAAAGAAAUCAGAAAAUUUAUCAGAUAGCUCACUUUCAUUCUCAGAUUAUAUUCAAGUUUAUAACAAUUCAUCAUCGAUUGUUGAUCCACUCACAAAAUUACGUACCAGAUUCUUGGAAUUAUUUUAUAAGAGAUCAUUUGUAUUUUGGUUUGUUGGUGAAGGAAUGGAAGAAGGUGAAUUCCAUGAAGCCAUGGACGAGGUAGAUCAAUUAAUGGAGGAUUAUUCUUGUGUUAAAAAUGGUCAACCAAUUCCUCCUGCAAAAUUGAGAACACCAUUAACACCAUUAGUGACUCCACCUUCUGCUAGAUAA